AUGUUUAUUAAUCUUUCAUCGAAUGGAGCGAUUGUUAUUGCUAAAGAACAAUCCGAAGGACAAGGACGUGGAAGUAAUCAAUGGACAUCACCUCUAGGCUGUGCUUUGUUUACUAUCUAUUUUGACAUUCAUUUACAAAGUUUAUUAGGACAACGUUUAUCUCUAUUGCAACUUUUGGCUAGUGUUGCUGUUUUACAAGCAAUUGAGAGAAAACCAGAGUAUAAAUCAUUAAAUAUUCAAAUUAAAUGGCCUAAUGAUAUAUUUAUAGGAAAUGAUUUUGCUAAAUUAGGUGGAAUUUUAGCAACAUCAUCAAUUUGUGGUAAUUAUGCGUCAAUUACUCUUGGUCUUGGUGUUAAUAUAUCCAAUUCUGAACCAUCUGUUUGUUUAAAUGAUGCAAUUGAUCAACAAAAGCCUACAUUAACAUUAGAUCAUUUUACAAUUGAAGAAUUUAUUGGUCGAACAGUUGGUUAUCUUCAACAAUGGGUAUCACAAUUAUCUCAAUCAAAUAUUCUUCAAGCUACUAUAGCUAUACAUAAUUUCUAUCAAUUCUAUGAGUCCCAUUGGAUGCAUCAAAAUAAAGAUGUGUUUGUUGAUAAAUGGCAAGAAAAAGUAACUAUUGUUGGCAUUGAUCCAUAUGGCUUUUUAAGAGUUCGAAAAUCAUCAAAUGGUGAAAUUGUAA